CAGUCAGCAGAGCUAUCAAACCUUUUGCAGAGCCAGGACGCCCACCUGACUGGUUUUCCCAAAAGCACUGUGCAUCUCAGUAUUCGGAGCUCUUGGAGACUACGGAGACCCCUAAGAGAAAACGUGGCGAGAAGGGAGAAGUUGUGGAAACUGUGGAAGAUGUUAUUGUACGGAAACUGACUGCAGAACGAGUUGAGGAGUUGAAGAAAAUGAUUAAAGAAACGCAGGAGAAAUACAGGCAACUCAAGAAGGAUGCAGAGCUGAUCCAGGCUGGACACAUGGAUAACAGACUGGAGGAGCUGUGCAAUGAGAUCAUGAUAAAGAAAAAAAUGGAGGAGGAGGAGGCAGAAGUGAAGAGGAAGGCUACAGAUGCUGCUUAUCAGGCUCGUCAGGCCAUUAAGAAUCCACCACGACGAUUAACGGGUGUGAUGGUUCGCUCCCCUGCAGGCUCCACCUCCCCAGGGGGAGACUAUGCUCUGGGAGAUCUGUCUCAGCCCGCUGUGGAUGAGGCCAGUCCAGGGGUCACUCCAGGGACAUUGCCCAGCACCCCAGUUGCCUCCUUCAUUGGAAUCCCUGACACCCCUCCAGGCUCUGCUCCCCUGGAUGCCCCCAUGACCCCAGUCACUGAUGAUUCACCCCAGAAAAAGAUGCUAGGACAAAAAGCAACUCCGCCUCCUUCCCCUCUGCUCUCAGAGCUGCUGAAGAAGGGCAGUCUCCUGCCCACAAGCCCCAGGCUGGUUGGUGAAAACGAAAUGGCAGUGGCUUCUGGUCACAUGAACAGCUCAGGAGUCCUGCUGGAGGUAGGAAGCGUCCUUCCAGUGCUGCACAGCGGGGAAAUGCAGUCGGCACCUGGUGCUGUCCCUGCAUCUCCUGCUGCUUCAGAGCCUGUGUCUCAGGCAACCAUUGUCAUGAUGCCCACGCUGUCAGCACCAUCCGUUGUGCCACCAGCUGCAGCUCCAGAAAGCGUAGCCACAGUGAGCCAGCCGGAAGCCUGUGUUUCCAUGGAGGCAGUGUCUGAUUCCCAUACUGUGACAGUGUCCAUGGACAGCAGUGAAAUAUCCAUGAUCAUUGAUUCCAUCAAGAAAGAGUGCCUGGGUUCUGGGGCUGGCAGCGCUGCAGGGUCUUCCAAAGAUCACUGCAUGGAUGGGAAAGAAGACCUGGAUUUGGCUGAGAAAAUGGAUAUUGCGGUGUCCUAUACGGGGGAAGAGCUGGACUUCGAUACUGUUGGAAAUAUUAUAGCCAUCAUUGAGGACAAGGUAGACGAUCACCCCGAAGUCCUGGAUGCAGCAGUUGUUGAAGCUGCUCUGUCUUCUUUCUGCGAAGAUACUGAUGACCCUCAGACGCUGCCUGGCCCGUGGGAACACUCAAUUCGUCAGGAGCACGAGAAACAGGCCCAGAUACCCCAAGUGUCUGUGACUGUGAAGCAGGAGAGACUGGAGUGCGAGGAGCCAGAGGCAAAGGGAAUUCGAGACCUAAUGGGCAUUGGCGAGCUGGGAUCAGAAAUAAAGACAGAACCUGCAGAGCAGGAGCAGAAUCAGCUGGGCCCUGAGGAAACCAUACCAGCAACUGCAAGAGUGACGGAAACAGCAGAGCUUAGAAGUCAAGAUGUAGAAGAGGAUCAAAGAGCAGCUGUAGCAGCAGGAGAUACUUCUGAAAUUGAGAUAGAAUCAGCCAAGGGAGAAGAUGCAGUGCACAAUACAGUGAAGACAGAGACCCCACCUGAUGAUGAUUCAUCCCCUCCACAAGUCCCAAAUGUGAGUGAAGACUCCUCACAGGCUGAUGUUCAGCACAAAUUUGAGCUGUCAGACUCAAUGAAGGAGGAGGCCCAAGCCCUGUUUAGGAGUCAGAUUAAGGAUGGGCAGGGUGAAGAGGACGAUGAGGAUGGUGCCAGUGAGGCUGCCAGUUUGGAGGAACCCAAAGAAGAAGAUCAGGGUGAGGGAUAUCUAUCGGAGAUGGAUAACGAACCUCCUGUGAGUGAGAGCGAUGAUGGCUUCAGUGUCCAUAAUGCACCUUUACAGUCUCACACGCUAGCCGACUCCAUCCCCAGCAGCCCAGCCUCCUCGCAGUUCUCAGUGUGCAGCGAGGACCAGGAAGCAAUACAGGCCCAGAAGAUCUGGAAGAAAGCCAUCAUGCUAGUUUGGAGAGCAGCAGCUAAUCACAGGUAUGCCAAUGUCUUCCUGCAGCCUGUAACUGAUGAUAUAGCACCAGGCUACCACAGUAUUGUGCAGAGGCCAAUGGAUUUAUCUACCAUCAAAAAGAACAUUGAGAAUGGGCUGAUACGAACCACAGCUGAGUUCCAGCGUGAUAUUAUGCUGAUGUUUCAAAAUGCAGUUAUGUACAACAGCUCUGACCACGACGUGUACCACAUGGCGGUGGAGAUGCAGCGAGAUGUAUUGGAGCAGAUCCAGCAAUUUCUGGCCACACAACUGAUCAUGCAAACAUCGGAGUCAGGGAUCAGUGCAAAGAGCCUGCGUGGGCGAGACUCCACUCGCAAGCAAGAUGCUUCAGAGAAGGACGGAGGCACCAGAGGGCGUCGCUGUGCCAUCGAGGCAGACAUGAAGAUGAAGAAAUGAUGCUGCAGGCAGACAGAAAAUCCCAGCACCUGGCAUCCAGAGCUGGAGUGCAAGCAAGAUGCUGUUAACAGCUGUUGGAAGAGGAAGAAAGGCUGGAGGUCCGUUUCUGGGACCUGGCCCACCUUCUUCGCUUGCCCCUCUGGAAAGCAAUGUCUCGUCAGAAUGUGUAACCCAAAGAAACUUCCCCGGAGGGGAAGACUAGCCCCCCCUGCCUGUUUUAGGGCAGUCGUCUUGGGCUUCAUCAGUGUUCUGGUGUUAGCUAGCAACUGGUGGCUCGUAUGUACUGUAAUGUGAAGUGUACAGAUUUUUACUAGUGAUGUGUAAAUGUGUAUGUAUAUUAAAGUCUGGG